AGGCAGGUGGAACUUCUUAAUGCGCCUGCGCAAAACUCGCCAUUUUACUACACGUGUGGUCAACAAGAGUUCAUUGCAAAAAAAUUGUGACCUCCUGGCUGCUUGUCUAAUAUAUAGUGUUAAUCAUGCUUUGCCAAGCGACUUGACUGUAAUAUUUGCGCGUGGAAGAUUAAAAAGGCGUUAAACACCCAAGGGAGAUUCAAAUAUGAAUGAUUGGUCGGUUGGCCAAUCAGACUGGUUAACAAUAACUUUACUCGGGAACCAAUGGACUCCAAGGGGUGGAGACGGCGUAGAACGACCGAAGGAAUGACGUUACACAGCAAUGUGGCAUCACAGGCCAAUAGCAGGGGGAAGCGAUUUCAAGUAUCCAAUCAGAGCUGUUCCAGGGCGGAGUCUACCAAUGCCGAAAGCGAGGAGGCGGGAUAAAAAAGAGAGGGCGAAGGUAGGCUGGCAGAUACGUUCGUCAGCUUGCUCCUUUCUGCUCGUGGACGCCGCCGAAGAAGCAUCGUUAAAGUCUCUCUUCACCCUGCCGUCAUGUCUAAGUCGGAGUCUCCUAAAGAGCCCGAACAGCUGAGGAAGCUCUUCAUUGGAGGGUUGAGCUUUGAAACAACCGAUGAGAGCCUGAGGAGCCAUUUUGAGCAAUGGGGAACGCUCACGGACUGUGUGGUAAUGAGAGAUCCAAACACCAAGCGCUCCAGGGGCUUUGGGUUUGUCACAUACGCCACUGUGGAGGAGGUGGAUGCAGCUAUGAAUGCAAGGCCACACAAGGUGGAUGGAAGAGUUGUGGAACCAAAGAGAGCUGUCUCGAGAGAAGAUUCUCAAAGACCAGGUGCCCACUUAACUGUGAAAAAGAUAUUUGUUGGUGGCAUUAAAGAAGACACUGAAGAACAUCACCUAAGAGAUUAUUUUGAACAGUAUGGAAAAAUUGAAGUGAUUGAAAUCAUGACUGACCGAGGCAGUGGCAAGAAAAGGGGCUUUGCCUUUGUAACCUUUGACGACCAUGACUCCGUCGAUAAGAUUGUCAUUCAGAAAUACCAUACUGUGAAUGGCCACAACUGUGAAGUUAGAAAAGCCCUGUCAAAGCAAGAGAUGGCUAGUGCUUCAUCCAGCCAAAGAGGUCGAAGUGGUUCUGGAAACUUUGGUGGUGGUCGUGGAGGUGGUUUCGGUGGGAAUGACAACUUUGGUCGUGGAGGAAACUUCAGUGGUCGUGGUGGCUUUGGUGGCAGCCGUGGUGGUGGUGGAUAUGGUGGCAGUGGGGAUGGCUAUAAUGGAUUUGGUAAUGAUGGUGGUUAUGGAGGAGGCGGCCCUGGUUACUCUGGAGGAAGCAGAGGCUAUGGAAGUGGUGGACAGGGUUAUGGAAACCAGGGCAGUGGCUAUGGCGGGAGUGGCAGCUAUGACAGCUAUAACAACGGAGGCGGAGGCUGCUUUGGCGGUGGUAGUGGAAGCAAUUUUGGAGGUGGUGGAAGCUACAAUGAUUUUGGCAAUUACAACAAUCAGUCUUCAAAUUUUGGACCCAUGAAGGGAGGAAAUUUUGGAGGCAGAAGCUCUGGCCCCUAUGGCGGUGGAGGCCAAUACUUUGCAAAACCACGAAACCAAGGUGGCUAUGGCAGUUCCAGCAGCAGCAGUAGCUAUGGCAGUGGCAGAAGAUUUUAAUUAGGAAACAAAGCUUAGCAGGAGAGGAGAGCCAGAGAAGUGACAGGGAAGCUACAGGUUACAACAGAUUUGUGAACUCAGCCAAGCACAGUGGUGGCAGGGCCUAGCUGCUACAAAGAAGACAUGUUUUAGACAAAUACUCAUGUGUAUGGGCAAAAAACUCGAGGACUGUAUUUGUGACUAAUUGUAUAACAGGUUAUUUUAGUUUCUGUUCUGUGGAAAGUGUAAAGCAUUCCAACAAAGGGUUUUAAUGUAGAUUUUUUUUUUGCACCCAUGCUGUUGAUUGCUAAAUGUAAUAGUCUGAUCGUGACGCUGAAUAAAUGUCUUUUUUUUUAAUGUGCUGUGUAAAGUUAGUCUACUCUGAAGCCAUCUUGGUAAAUUUCCCCAACAGUGUGAAGUUAGAAUUCCUUCAGGGUGAUGCCAGGUUCUAUUUGGAAUUUAUAUACAACCUGCUUGGGUGGAGAAGCCAUUGUCUUCGGAAACCUUGGUGUAGUUGAACUGAUAGUUACUGUUGUGACCUGAAGUUCACCAUUAAAAGGGAUUACUCAAGCAAACUCAUGGAAUUAUUGGUUAUAAAAGUGAUUGUUGGCACAUCCUAUGCAAUAUAUCUAAAUUGAAUAAUGGUACCAGAUAAAAUUAUAGAUGGGAAUGAAGCUUGUGUAUCAUCCAUUAUCAUGUGUAAUCAAUAAACGAUUUAAUUCUUGAAUGAAA